UACGCAGCGCCCGGCCUGAGGGCGUGUAUCCGCGGCCGUAGCAGCCCGGCUGGUCCUGCUGCGAGCCGGCGGCCGGGAGUGGGGCGGCGGGUAAGUGGGCACGAACACGACGGACGCUGUACAGUCUCCUUCGUCCGUAGGGAACUGCUGGCGGCCUAGGGUCGUCCUGAGAGGGAAAAGUGAGGUCCGGCUGCAUCUGCGGCGCCCUGCGUGGCCGUGCGAGCCGUGGCCUCAGAGGCUCGUCCCCUACGCAAAUCUUCGCUGUCUUGCCAGGGUCCUGACGUGACGUGCGGCUGCGAGAAGGCAGGGGCGGGUUGGGGGAGGUGCUGAGGUGGUAGCAGCGGCGGCCUUUGCUGCGUUUUCUCUGUCCCAGAGGGCUCAGGCAGGGGGAACUCCCUUGAGGGGCCGCUGCGGGUCGCCGUCUCCGGAGGCACCGGCGAGGGCAGAGCCGACGGCCUCUUCACGGUCUGUAAGGUCAUUGUUUACCAGUCGCGGGGCAGCGCGGCAAACCUGCUGGGGAAAGGUUUUCUGGUUGGAAUAGGAUGAGUACCGCACCAGCUUUGCCUUCCAGCUGAGAUGUAAAUUUCAGGCCUCCAUCCUGUGGAACGUGGGAAAACUAUCUUGAGUGUUGGCAUGUUCUAAGUAGUUUAAAAUAAUGUAUGAUAAAUGAUGUGUGUUUAGACGAAGGAUUUACACAUACAAAUUGGAGACUCUCGCGGUCUUAGUGUAACUAACUUUUCGUCCCCUUAACCCUUGAUGCCUGUUCUGUGCGUCUCUAGAGGGGAAGGAGCAUUAUACUCUGGAAGCACUUGCUGGAUGGGGAAAAGAGAAGUUCCUCUCCGUAUGCUAACUCCGUAAUACAAGCGUUUGUGUAUUUUAAAAUCACAACUGUUCCAAAUGUAAUCUAGCCUCGUUUUCCCCCUCCCUCGGAUGAUAGGUGUUCUUCAGGACAGUUUUAUUUUAAGGAAUUCUUAGACCCAAGUAAACACCAUCAUUAAAAGAACUGGUAACUAUUAUCAGUUCUUCCUUUGGAGUCCAUCUUAAAUGGAAAGGAGAUGGGAAAAACUUUUUUAAAGAGAAGAAAGAAAACUGAAGUUUUUUAAUUGACUAGAGAAAUAUUCAGAAGACUAUUUUCACCUAGAUGUAUCACAAAAUUGAGAAACAAACAUUAUCCCUUGACCAUGUAGAUUUUACACCACAUUAUGUCAACGGCAUGUACCUUCCACAUUCAGUAUUCAGAAAGAAGUGAUCUGAACUCUGACUAUUCUUUAUGGAUACAGUAAGUCAGAUAUAAGAGUCUGGCUACUUGACAGACUGGCUGGAGCAAACAUGAAUGUUGGAGUUGCCCACAGUGAAGUGAAUCCAAAUACCCGUGUCAUGAACAGCCGGGGUAUGUGGCUAACAUAUGCAUUGGGAGUUGGCUUGCUUCAUAUUGUCUUACUCAGCAUUCCCUUCUUCAGUGUUCCUGUUGCUUGGACUUUAACAAAUAUUAUACAUAAUCUGGGGAUGUAUGUAUUUUUGCAUGCAGUGAAAGGAACACCUUUCGAAACUCCUGACCAGGGUAAAGCAAGGCUCCUAACUCAUUGGGAACAACUGGACUAUGGAGUACAGUUUACAUCUUCACGGAAGUUUUUCACAAUUUCUCCAAUAAUUUUAUAUUUUCUGGCAAGUUUCUAUACGAAGUAUGAUCCAACUCACUUCAUCCUAAACACAGCUUCUCUCCUGAGUGUGCUAAUUCCCAAAAUGCCACAGCUACAUGGUGUUCGGAUCUUUGGAAUUAAUAAGUAUUGAAAUCUUUUGAAACUGAACAAAACAUUUUACAGCUGCUGAAUUUCUUAUAAGAAAGGAGUGGUUAUAAACUGCACUGUUUCUGUGAUAAUGUGAAAUUAAGAAGUAUUUACAUUGGAGGGCCAAUGGUUGGUCCUUCAAGUGCUGUUUUGAAGUGCAGAUUUCCAUUAAAUGAUGCCUCUGUUUAAUACAUCUGGUAUAUUUCUGAAGAGGGGCUUUAUAAGCAGGCUGGGCAGGCCCAGCUUAUAAGUUCAAGGGCAUCACAGUGAGGGUGUAGUAGAUAAAUUCAAGGAAAUAAGAGAUUUGUAAAAAACUAGGACCAGCUUAACUUAUAAUGAAUGGGCAUUGUGUUAAGAAAAGAACAUUUCCAAUCAUUCAGCCAUGGUUAGUUAAAGCAGACUUACAUGUAAACCGGAAUCAUCUCUAUACAAGUUUAUUAAAGAUUAUUUUUAUUACUAUACAUAUUUCUCUUGUUUUAUGUAAGAGGAUGUAUAUCCUUUUGUUUUAUACAAGCCAUUUCUCACUUAUGAGGGUACUUUUUUGGUUUUGCUGGCUCAAUAUUGUGUAUUGGUCAGUGAGGCCAUUUUUACAUUUAUUACAUUACAGAGUUCAUGGAGGUUCACCUUUGUGACUGAUUGGUGAUAGAAAAUAGCCAAGUAUCUGACAAGCAGCCUCUGAGUCAGUGUUCUAAUUUUGGAACAAAGCGGGUUUUACUGCUUUUCCAGACACAAGGCUGCUAAACCAAUUAAGAAAAUAAUUUAUUUCUUUCAAGCAACUGAAAAGUAAUGGUAAUUUAAAGGUGUCUGCUUAUUUGGUUGAACUAUUUAAUUGGCAAAGUUUGUCAUCAUUUGAAAAAGGAAAUAUAAAAGAACAACCAUAUAGCCAACCUGUGGCAGAAAUGACGUCUCUAGCAAUAGUACCAAAGUAAGUAAUGGAGUCUUUUUUGGCAGGUCUGCAGUAAAAGAUAACAUUUUCUUUUCUUAGUUCUGCUCUCAACCCCCAUAUUUUGCCCAUGAAUAUUUUGCCUUUGAAUAUGUGGGUUUUAGUAUAUAUAGCCCAAAAUGGUAACUGUCUCCAGAACAGCAACCAUAUUGAAUUCUUGUGACUUAGGAAAGCUUCCUAUAGUUGCUGACAUUAAUUGCAAGAAAUAACUAUAUACUACUUUGAGAAGUAAACAUGUCAAAAAAAACCAAGUUCAGAUAUGGGACAAAAUUUAAAAAUUCAGUAACAUUUAUAAACAUAAUUGAAUGAAAAGAAUUAUAGACCAACUUAAACAUCAAUUCGUGUCAGUAAACUGACUUUGGGGGAUAAUGAUCAUUGUUUUGUACUUCAAAAGUAUUGAGUUUAGAAAUCAGUUGUAUGAUACUACCUUUGUAUGUCUGUCUUUUCCCAUGUAUUUUUAAAUAACUGGUGAUCCAUAAUUUAAUAAAAUUUUUCCUUGGUGUAAGAUUAUUUCAAAAGCUCUCCAAAUUUAGUCAUCAAAAUUAAAGUGACAUUUUUCAAGUUUAUUUUUAAGCAACUGAAUUUGUAAAAUUAAAGUAACAAAAAACAUUCA